AUGGAAGAAGAAAAUAAUAAGAAAAAGAACAAAGAUCUUCCUUUUAUCAUUCAACUAAAGAUAAUCAAUUAUGUAUUGUGGUCAAGAUGUAUUAGUAAUUCAUUUGAAAGUGAUUAUAUCUACCUUGAUAAAGAUAAUUAUCAAUUGGCUCGGGUCAACAAAAAAUGGUUUCAACAGGUAUCGGGUAGUGUUACAGGUAUAGAUCUUGGUACUAUUGCCUCUUUACGUCCACUUGUUCAAAAUGGUCCUUAUUUAACAAAGGGUAGAUUGUUAUUUUUAAAGUUGCUUUUUAUAAACACCAAAUCGAACGAGUAUUCAAUCGUCAAGCAAUUAAAAUCAAUGACAAUACAUCAAUUAAACUAUUUUGGUGUUGUCAAAGGUAUUGAAAGACUUGAAGAGAUCUGCAACAACUACGACGACGACGGUACUAGUGGUGACAACCAACCAUUUCUACCAACCACUUUGGAACAUAUAUCAUUUAUGGCAGAUGAUAUUGAGACCAAUAUUCCAACUGCAUUGAAUAGAGUACUAAGUGGUAAAAGCGAGUUAUUUCCAAACUUUAAUUCAAUCUCUAUCAUAUCAAAUGAAGAGUUGGCCGAUCCAUUUGGGAAUAUUUAUACUCUUCCACAACUCAAUCGUCUCUACAUUGAUGUUAAUUCACAGGAAUCAUUUUGGCAAACAGUCUCUUGGGAUGGAAUAUGUAAAAAUGCAAACUUGAGGUACUUGCAUUGGGCCACCAACCAAGGUUUUGCAAUCGAUCUAUUCCAAUCACUAUUUCAAAACUGUUCAUCUCUUCAACAUCUCUAUGUAAGCGCUAGAGAACCCCAUCAAACCCCACAAGGAUUUGAAUUUAAGCAAUUGUUGACCGAUGUUGAGAGAAAUACUUCAAUCACAUAUCUAGAUAUUUCAUUAAUCGAUUUAAAGUUUUCAGACCAAGAAAAAAUGGAAUUUAGUCAAUCCCUAUCUAUAAACCAUUCAAUCACCCAUCUUACAACCAAUUAUUCACUAUUAUACACAUCAAUGGCAACAACUUCAAUAUUAAGUCAAUCAUUACAAUAUUUUAAAUUAAUUAAACCAGAACAAUUUAUUAUUCAAUAUGAUUUUACAGAAAUAACAGAAUCAAUUUUAGGAAUGAUUGAAAAUAAUACACAUCCAAACCUUAAAUUUAUGUAUAUUACAUUUUUAUGUCAUCAUGAGAAUUAUAGAUACAUUGGCUAA